UUAAUAGGAUCUGUUUUUACGCUGAAAGUUCAAGUAAACGACAUCAUCAGUCAUCAGUACCUGCGACAAGCAGUUGUAGAAGUGUUUGUUAACUACACGAAGACAAAUUCUACUCUUACUGGAAACAAUGGAGCAGUAUUAAUAAAAGUUCCCUACAAAUUAGGAUUAAGCUUAACUAUCGUAUCGUACAAGGAUGGCUACAUGUUAACACCUUUGCCUUGGAAGACUGGGAGAAUGCCAAUAUACUCGUCUGUGACGCUUUCAUUGUUCCCACAAAGUCAAGCUAAUAUAUGGCUGUUUGAAGAUACUGUCUUAAUUACUGGAAAACUGUCUGAUGCCAAAUCUCAACCAAGUGUUCAGUUUCCAAAAUUUUUAAUAAAGCUUCCAACAAAUCACCAUAUUACAAAUGUUACAGCCUAUCUGACAGUGCCAGAGCAAUUUUUGAAAGUGGACAGCUUCCUCUAUACAACAGGAAUUCUCCUAAAUAAAUCAGGUUUCAAAAGCAUGGAAUUAGCUCCUCUUGCUGCAAUAUGCGUAAACGUUCUUUUGACUGGGAAAGAACUGAAAGUAAAUGGUCCCAUUCAGAUUACACUUCCUCUUCCCACAAGUACUGUAAAAUCAGGAGAUGCUAUACCUGCAUGGACAUUUGAUAUGAAAACUGGUGCUUGGGUAAGCCGUGGGCUAGGAAUGGUAAAGGAAGCAGAUGGUCAGUUAGUAUGGACGUAUACUGCUCAACACUUAGGCUACUGGAUAGCAGCUCCACUGCCUGGAACAAGAGAAUCCAUUAUUAGUGCGGUUUCCAAGGACAUAACAGCCUAUCACACAGUGUUCCUUACAGCCAUACUGGGAGGUACUGUUGUCAUUAUCAUUGGAUUUUUUGCUGUUCUUCUUUGUUACUGCAGGGAUAAAUGUGGUCGGACACAAAAGAAGGAAAAAAAUACAACUAAGCUGGAGGUCAUAAAAAAAGACCAGACAACAUCAACAACUCACAUAAAUCACAUCAAUGCUGUUAAAGGGUCUUUAAAGUUGGAGGAUAAGUCACAGUUAUAUACACCGAAGAUUUCUUCAUACAGCCCUCAAAGGAGGAUGUCCAUAGACACGGAAGAUGGAAAAUCACGAGACAAUUUUAAAAUCUACACAGAGGAUGCUUAUCAGUCAUCCUGUCAGACUGGUCAGUCAAGAAAUUCAGCCCAUUCAUUGGAGCCUAAUGCUGGAGUUAGGAACUUACAGCAGCCAAAGCAUGGUAACAGUACUAUUUCCCAGGCUCCUAGGGAUGUUCAAGACCAAAACAGAUACCUUUCACUGAAAGAGCAGAUGUUUGGGCUUUCCCAUAUCCCAGAACAUCUGAUGCAUAUUUACAAUCAACCUAUUGCUAUUCUUCAAACCUCUGACCUUUUCCACUCCCCAGAACAAUUGCAUCCUGCUAAAUCAGCAACUUUGCCAAGAAAAGGGCAGUUAGUAUAUAGUCCCAUGAUGGAACCCAUGAAUCGCGACAGUUACAUGCAGACGUUACCGAAAAUGCCAGUGCACUCUCAUCCACAGCCUUCUGCCUGCAGAGAUGAAAACAGCACACUAGAUAGUGAAGAGGGCUUACCUUCUCAAACAUCAAACUGGGGCCGGUACACUAAUAGCUUACUGGAAUCUGUCUCUGUUCCUGGGACAUUGAAUGAAGCAGUUGUAAUGACUCCAUUUUCAUCUGAACUUCAAGGUAUUUCAGAACAAACAUUAUUGGAACUCUCUAAAGGAAAACCGUCUCCACACCCUCGAGCAUGGUUUGUGUCCCUGGAUGGAAAGCCGAUCGCUCAAGUGAGGCAUUCUUUCAUAGAUCUGAAAAAGGGCAGAAAAACUGAGAGUAAUGAUACCAGCCUGGACUCUGGUGUGGACAUGAAUGAGCAUCAUCCUAGUAGGAAACUAGAGAGAGAGAAAACUUUCAUAAAAAAUAUGCCACAUUCUAAGAUCCUUUACUUGGAAGAUCUGGAUCUGAGUAGCAGUGAAAGUGGGACCACUGUUUGUACUCCAGAGGACCAGGCUGUGAGGCACAUUCUGGAUGGAGGGAAUGGGCCAGUCAUAGAACAAGAUGAAGAAGGUCUAAAACGAAAAACUGUAUCAGGAAGUCAUGAAUCUGGUAUCCUUUCUGCUAAAAAAAGGGAUAGACCGUCUAUCAUGAAAAGAGAUAGCAAAACCAAUAUCUGGAAGAAAAGAGAGGAGAGGCCGCUUAUUCCUAUAAAUUAA